UGGCCACCUCUCGUCAAAAGAAAGGAAAAAAAGGCAAGAUUCGCACCCAAAUCAAACCCCGUCUCCAGUCUCCAGUCCGCCGCCCCGUCGCCGGAGUUCCGCCCGCCGGCCGCCGCCCGCCGCGCCCGCAUUUUCCUCACCGCCAGUAUGUAUGCGCCUCCCCGCUUCUUCUGCAGUACGGGCCCUAACGCCGGCUUCACCAUGUCCGGCACUGAACGCGACAUAGCGGCACUUGGUAUAAACCACAAUCGUGUUCUCAAGGCGGCUCGGGACACCCACCCACACCCUGACACUCUGGAACGCCUCCAGCGGGUGCUGCUGGGCGUCAUGAUGCAUUGUCUCUCCGAUGACGCGGAUUCACUCAGAAGGAUGAUGGAUGACUUCCUUGUCAAAUUCAGCAACUUCACCAGGAAGAUGGACCACAUCAGCGCGCGCCUCCAGGCCACGCGCAGCCCUAAAGGCCGCCGCCGCGGCAUCUCCCCCGCUGCCCAGCUCGCCAGCCUUUAUGGAGAUGAUCUCUUCCGCGCCCUGAUGGGCGUGCAGCUGCCAGUGGCCACACCUGCGGAGGUCUGCCUGGAGGUCGCCCUCGCUGCACAGCGCCUCAUCGUGCAUGACCAGCUCGACUUUUUCAUCAACCUCUUUGAGAAGACUGUCUUCGGGGCUGGCACUACGACGAUCAGGGAGUACAACAUCAUGGCCUUCAAGGACCACAGGAAAACCUUGGAGAAGUUUGUUCAAGAGCACAUUGACCUGGCCGACGCUGCUGCCACUUAACAUCCACCUACCAGCCCAGCAGAGUAAAAGCUCAAUUGCCUGAAAAGACGAAGGAGGGUAGUUGAUGUAUCCUUAGUUGUCUUCCUUACGUAGUUUGCUGCAUCAUUGUUGUCGAGCCAAGAACAACUACUUAUGUAUGUAUUACGCUACUUGUCAGCGAUCGAGUCUGUCUUAACUCGUGAGUAGUAGUAAUAGUUGCUAUCAAGGUGUGCCCUGUGUGCAUGCUCGCUAUAACUAAUUUUGUACAACGUAAUUUGUUUGGCACCAAGUUCUGUUAGUAAUAAUAUGAAUGUUACUUU